ACCUCCAGUCUAUCAAAACCGCGUGCCGCUCAGCAGUUUUAUAUAGAGAUGAUCAGCAUCAGGAUCUUGAUUAACGGCCAACUCGUAAAGCAGCAUAAACUCCUUCAAUCCAUGUCUCACCACUCAAUCACUCCCUCUUCUUCCCUCACUCCACUUCACUCCCCUUCGCCAGUUCCUCCAUGUCUCUUUACCCUCGAAGAGAAAAGCGUGUGUUGAUUUCAAUCAUCUAACCUAAUCUGAUCUUCAGUUUGUUCAUGGCGUUCGCUCACUGCUUGCUGGCUGUUCCCGUUGAAACUUCCAAGGCUCCUGGACAUUCGUCUUCAUCAACUCCUUCUUCAUCUCCUGCUGCUACUUCUCUAUUUUCUUUAAGUUUUUCUACUUCUCUGCGGUUAAAGCCCCGUAAAGUUUCUAUUUUUCCCAGCCUUCGCAGCAUUGCGUAUAAGGCCAAUGCUAAGCCACAAGAAUCUGAAGUCAGUUCAGCUGCAGAGGCCUUUACUCAUUUCAAGCAUCUGCUUCUACCUAUUACUGAUCGGAAUCCUUAUCUUUCUGAAGGUACAAGACAGGCUACAGCAGCUACUGCUGCUCUGGCAAAGAAGUAUGAGGCUGACAUCACAGUUGUUGUUAUUGAUGAGAAGCAGAAAGAGUCUUUACCAGAGCAUGACAUGCAACUCUCUAGCAUCCGCUGGCAUCUGUCUGAAGGUGGGUUUGAGGAAUUCAGAUUAUUAGAGCGGCUUGGGGAAGGGAAUAAGCCGACAGCCAUCAUUGGUGAGGUUGCGGAUGACCUGAACUUGGAUCUAGUAGUUAUAAGCAUGGAAGCUAUCCAUUCCAAGCACGUGGAUGCAAACCUGCUGGCCGAGUUCAUUCCUUGCCCUGUUUUACUCCUGCCGUUGUAAAGGUGUUAAAACUAGUCCUCUGAAAACCCAGCUGGUGUUUGAAGUUUUAUUAUUGAUGCCAGGUUUCUUUUGGUGGCUAAUACUGUAAUGGAUUUUGCUUGUUCCUGUUUAGGCUUCAUUGCCAUUGAUCUUUUAUGCUGGAACUGGUAGGCUAGGUUUUCAGUGUUCCUAAUUAUGUAGGAACAGUUCUUAUGAAACUUGCGAUCAUGUGUUCAUCAAAGAUAUAAUUUACGUUUCUGCUUAUGAUUCGUCA